AUUGAUUGACGGGUCCUGAAGGAGGGAAGAUUCUGUCGCGCGCUGCACGCGCGCCGCUCGAUCUCAUCUCAGUGCGCGUGAACUUCGCUGCACGCGAUUCAUUCACUUGAACUGAUUCACUUCAGGCUCGAACAUCAGCUGUAAGGAUGCAGGUUCGAGUGCUGUUUCUCCUGAUUGUGACAUCAGCACUCCACACACAUGCUCAAGUGUUGAGCCCCAGAAGGCUGCGGUUUAAAGUGUUGAGCCCCGGAGUACUCGCUGUGACCUGGAAAGAACCAAAGGGAGAGUUUGACAGCUACAGGCUGGUGUACAGCACUGACUCAGGAGGAUUUGAGAAGGAGGUGUCAGUGAAUAAAAAUGAUCCUAAAGCCGUCAUCCAAGGGUUUGACCCCAGUAAAGAGUACACGGUGAAGAUAAUGACUGUUAGAGGAACAGAGGAGAGUAAACCUCUCACGGCCACGUACACAGGUGUAGGGUCAGAGGUGAGUGAAGUCAGUGUACGUCAGGACCCCAGAGACCCUGAACAUGACAGUCAGAUCUCUGAAGUGGACAUCUUCAUGUGUAAAACUCCAGCCAUUGCCGAUAUUGUAAUUCUGGUGGAUGGAUCGUGGAGUAUCGGCCGCAUAAAUUUCCGUUUGGUGCGGAUGUUCCUGGAAAGUCUUGUGAAGGCCUUCUCUGUUGGAUCAGAACAUGUUCGCAUUGGGUUGGCCCAGUACAGCGGUGAUCCCAGGAUUGAAUGGAAUUUAAACGCUCACAGGACUAAAGAGUCUGUCAUAGACGCUGUAAGGAAUCUUCCUUAUAAAGGAGGAAACACACUCACAGGUCUUGCUUUGACAUACAUUUUGGAGAACAGCUUUAAGCCUGAAUCUGGAUCCAGACCUGAUGUUCCUAAAAUUGGGAUUUUGAUCACGGAUGGGAAGUCACAGGAUGAUGUUCAUUCCCCAGCUCAGAGACUCAGAGAUUCUGGAAUUGAGUUGUUUGCUAUCGGAGUGAAGAACGCUGAUGAGAACGAACUAAGAACCAUCGCCUCUCCUCCAGAAGAAACUCACGUUUAUAAUGUGGCUGAUUUCAGUGUGAUGAGCUCCAUCGUAGAGGAACUCACAAAAACUGUUUGUGAACGCGUGAAUGAUCUCAGCAAAGAGAUCAGCGGUGAGACAGUGGCGUAUACAGCGAGGUCAUUUGAUGCUCCCAGUAAUCUCAUUACAUCUGAGGUCACAGCCAGAAGUUUUCGUGUGUCGUGGACUCACCCUUCAGGACCCGUGGAGAAGUACAGAGUGGUUUAUUAUGCUACUAAAGGAUCCAAACCUGAGGAGGCGGUGGUAAACGGGAAUGAGAACUCUGUGAUGUUGACCCAUCUGAACUCUUUGACGGAGUAUGAGAUCGCUGUGUUUGCCAUCUACAGCAACUCAGCCAGUGAAGCUCUGAGAGGCAGCGAGACCACCUUGGCAUUGCCGACAGUGAAUAAUCUGGAGCUGUAUGACAUCACUCACAGUUCGAUGCGUGUGCGCUGGCGUGUGGCUGAAGGAGCUUCUGGGUACAUGAUCCUGUAUGCUCCUCUGACACGAGGAGAUGCUGUAGAUGAGAAGGAGGUCAAGGUCGAUGACUCUGUGACUCAGGUUGAACUGGAAGGUUUGAGUCCUAAAACUGAAUACACAGUAACUGUAUAUGGGAUGUAUGGAGAAGAGGCCAGUGAUCCCAUGACAGCACAGCAGACCACACUUCCUUUGACUCCGCCUCGUAACCUACACAUCUCUGACAUCAGUCACAGCUCCGCUAAACUUUCCUGGGACUCAGCGUCUCGUAAGGUCAAAGGUUACCGUAUUGUUUAUGUAAAAACUGAUGCUGUCGAGACUGAUCAGGUUGAGGUGGGUCCGGUUACCACACUGGUACUACGCAACCUGACUUCUAUGACAGAGUACACCGUUGCCCUCUUCGCCAUCUAUGACGAGGGACAAGCGGACCCACUGACUGACAGCUUCACCACCAGUGUGGUUCCUCUGCCUGUGAAUCUGAGAAGCAGUGAUGUGUCCACUGAUAGUUUUAAAGUCACAUGGCAGCACGCUGCGUCUGAUGUCUCUGUCUACCGACUCAUUUGGAGACCUGCAGCUGGAGGAGAAACUAAAGAGGUUCUCAUUAAUGAUAACUCUAACUGGUACAUGAUCACGGGUUUAAAGCCUCUGACUGAAUAUGAAGUCUCUUUGUCUGGGAUCUACAGCGAUGAAUCUGAGAGUGAUCAGGUGGAGAUUAUUGAAUCUACAGUUGACAAAACAACAACAGCUGCCACAACGACCAAAAGCACACCUGCAGCCGUUGUGCGACAGGCUGUCAGGAAUCUCAAGCUGAGUGAUUUGACGACCUUCAGUAUGCGUGUGUCGUGGGAUUCAGCUGGACCAAAUGUGCGUCAGUACAAAGUGUCAUACAUCAGCACAAGAGGUGACCGGGCCGAACAGCUGUCGUUGGUUCCUGCGGGUCAGAUGUCUGCGGUUCUUCAGCCUCUUCUAUCAGACACAGAGUAUCGUGUCAGUGUGUCAGCGGUCUACAGCGAUGGAGACGGUCCUGUCCUCACACGCGUCGCACGCACAUUGCCUCUGUCUGCACCCAGCAACCUCCGGGUGUCAGAGGAAUGGUACAAUCGCUUCAGAAUCACAUGGGACUCGUCCUCCUCUCCCACCAUGGGAUACCGGAUCGUCUACCAGCCCAUCUCAGUGUCUGGUCGAGCACUGGAGACGUUUGUAGGUGAUGAUGUCAACACAAUGUUGAUCUUGAAUUUGCUGAGUGGGACGGAUUACAGCGUUAAAGUCAUCGCCACGUACACCACAGGAUCCAGUGAGGCGCUGACCGGACGUGCCAAAACACUUUAUCUUGGAGUGAAUAAUCUCAACGCAUACCAGGUGCAGGUGACCAGCAUGUGUGCCCAGUGGCAGCCACAUCGACAUGCUAACCAGUACCGGGUCAUCAUUGAGUCACAGCUGAACGGUGAGAAAAAGGAAGCGAGGUUGGGUGGCUCCACGUCCAGACACUGCUUUAAUGACCUCACUCCCAACACGCAGUACAAGAUCAGCGUUCACGCUCAGCUGCAGGACACGGAGGGACCCGCCGUCACCAUCACGCAGAGAACAUUUCCUGUACCCACAGCUCCUCCCACCAAACCCACCACCACCACCCCUGAACCCACUUUACCCCCUGCUAAAGAAGUGUGCCGAGCGGCUAAAGCGGACCUGGUGUUUCUGGUGGAUGGUUCGUGGAGUAUUGGAGAUGAUAACUUCCAGAAGAUCAUUCGUUUCCUCUACAGCACAACAGGUGCUCUGGACCGGAUCGGUCCUGAUGGGACACAGGUGGCUAUAGCUCAGUUCAGUGAUGAUCCUCGUACUGAGUUUAAAUUGAGCUCAUAUGAUAAUAAAGAAACUUUACUGGACGCCAUUCAGAGAAUCACUUAUAAAGGAGGAAACACCAAGACAGGUCGAGCAAUGAAACAUGUUAAAGAUACUGUGUUCACUGCGGUGGGCGGAGCCAGAAGGGGCGUGCCCAAAGUCCUGGUGGUGCUGACCGAUGGUCGUUCCCAAGAUGACGUUCAUCUCAUAUCUCAGGAGAUCCAGACAGAAGGUUAUAUUGUGUUUGCCAUUGGGUUUUCUGAUGCGGAUUACAGCGAGUUAGUGAGUAUUGCCAGUAAACCCAGCGAGAGGCACGUGUUCUUCGUGGACGAUCUCGAUGCCUUCAAAAAAAUAGAAGAGAAACUCGUCACCUUUGUCUGUGAGGCGGCAUCAGCAACGUGUCCAUCUGUACCCAUGAGUGGCAGCACAUUACCAGGCUUCAGGAUGAUGGAGAUGUUUGGGUUGGUGGAUCAUAUGUACAGCAGUGUCAAUGGUGUCUCCAUGAAGCCUGGAACCUUCAACAGUUACAGCAGCUACAGACUAAGCAGUGACAAUCCAAUAACACAACCCACCAGGUUUAUCCAUCCGGAGGGUCUGCCAUCAGACUACACCAUCACAAUGGUUUUCCGGUUGCUUCCAGAAACUCCAAAGGAGCCUUUUGCAUUGUGGGAAAUCCUCAACAGCAACAAUGAGCCAUUAGUGGGAGUGAUUCUGGACAAUGCAGGAAAGACUUUGACCUUCUUUAACAUGGACUAUAAAGGGGACUUCCAGGCGGUGACUUUUGAGGGGACAGAAAUCCAAAAACUUUUUUACGGCAGUUUUCACAAGCUGAAUAUCGCCGUGAGUAAGACCUCAGCUCUUGUGAUGGUUGACUGUCAGUCAGUGGGUGAGAAAUCCAUUAACGCUGCCAGUAACAUCAGCACUGAUGGUGUGGAGGUGUUGGGGAGAACGGUUCGAUCCAGAGGCUCUAAGGACAACUCUGCACCGUUUCAGCUGCAGUCGUUUGAUAUUGUGUGCAGCACAUCGUGGGCCCGACGGGACAAAUGCUGCGAGCUGCCCAGUCUGAGGAAGGAAUCAGACUGCCCCGCUCUUCCCCGUGCCUGCACCUGUACACAGGACAGUAAGGGCCCACCCGGCCCCCCUGGAGCCCCUGGAGGUCCUGGUAUCAGAGGAGCUAGAGGAGAUCGAGGAGAACCCGGAGCUGUGGGUCCUGGUGGUCCAGUAGGUGAUGCUGGCGUUCCAGGUCCUCAGGGUCCUCCAGGUCCUCCUGGACCCAGCGGUCGUUCCAUCAGAGGACCACCGGGGGCACCAGGUGAGCCUGGACUGAAAGGUGAUGCAGGCCCUCCAGGUGGUCAGGGUGUUCCAGGCACUCCAGGGUCACCGGGACGUGAGGGACCCCCAGGACCCCGGGGCCUGCUAGGUAAAGACGGUCCUCAGGGAAGAGAAGGACCUCCAGGAUCUAUAGGAGGUCCAGGAGCUCCCGGCGCUCCAGGUGAAAACGGCCCUCCGGGUCCCACAGGACACCAGGGACCUCCGGGAAUCCCAGGAUCUAAAGGAGAGAGGGGUGAGCGGGGUGAUCUUCAGUCUUCAGCAUCUGUUCAGGCCAUCGCAAGACAAGUGUGUGAGCAACUCAUUCAGAGUCACAUGGCACGUUACAAUUCCAUUCUCAACCACAUUCCCAGUCAGCCGGUAUCAAUCCGCACUGUGCCCGGCCCACCCGGAGAGCCCGGACGACAGGGAUCCCCGGGACCUCAAGGAGAGCAGGGCCCACCCGGGCGAUCGGGAUUUCCCGGCAGUAAUGGAGAGAACGGGCAGCCCGGAGCCAGAGGUCCUCCAGGUGAGAAAGGAGAUAAAGGAAGUCCAGGUGUGGGAGUACAGGGACCCAGAGGAGCUGCCGGUCCUCCAGGACCCCCUGGUGAAGGGAGAACAGGAAGUACAGGACCUUCCGGUCGCCCCGGUAACCCUGGUAGUCCUGGCAGACCUGGAACUCCAGGACCCGUGGGUCCGCCCGGACCGCCCGGAUAUUGCGACCAGAAUUCCUGCCUAGGAUACAAUGGUGGAGAAUCGACCUAUGACAGCGAGCUGACUGACAGAGAUGUUCCUGUAGUUCAACUGCCACCGAGCGAGGGUGACGGCGAAGAGGACGACCCGUACGGCAGCUACGGCUCCUACUACCAGCCAAACUACCCCGUGCCUCGCCCCGUACAGCCCGACGAUCCCAUCAUAGACGAGGAAGAGCUGCGCUCGCCCGGGAUACAGCGGCACGCACGCAGCCUCGCAGGCCGACGCAGACGGCAGCCCGAAAUACGAGAGGCUGACCUGUCGUAACCAUGGCGACCGAGACAGAGAGAGAUAGAGAGAGAGAGAGAGAGAGAGAGCGAGAGAGAGAGAGAGAGAGCGAGAGAGAGAGAGAGAGAGAGAGAGAACGAGGACAUCCCAGCUGACUUUCACAUAACAACAGAAUAUAAGAUGAUGACAAACAAUCUCUGAUGAGACUUCACAAUCUACAGUUUUCUGUACUUCAGUCAGAUGUGACCUGGGCUGGUGAUGUAUAUGAAAUAUAUUUGCUCUUUCCCCACUAGUGUUAUUUUAAAAAGCUGCACGGCAGCAUUUUUUUGUCUUUUACAUAAAAGUUUCACAAAAUGCCUUCCAGGAAAAUGUUCUUUUAUAAAUAUAUAAACAUACAAAAAUAUCAAAAAAGAAAGAACAGACCCUCUUCUUUAAAAAAAAAAACAUUUCAUCCUACCUUCAUCUGUUCUCUCAAAUAUGGGUAGAAUUGGAUUUUUGUAAAGGACUUUUGUCAGAACAGAGAUUGACAACGAUCAAAACAUACACAGAGUUUUUACUGUUUUUGGAUCAGUGGAUGCUUCAGUGUUUUAUAAGUUGUGUAAGAGCGACACCUAGUGGAUAAUAGAGGAACUCAAGGAAGCUUCAUUGGGAGGAAAACAUUUUCUCUUAAUUGGUAACUCCUCAGUGGUGGGGAAAGAGUUAAAUAUCAUAUAUACCUAAUAAUAAUAAUAAUAAUGUGUUUUAUAGUUUUAUAAAGACUGUUUAUGAAUCUCAGCUCUUUUGAGAUGACGCUUUUUCCUCAAAGACUCGAUGAAAACGAUUUCAGAGAUCGGUCUGAAUAAGUUUAGAGAACUAAGAGUGAAAAAUGUCAUCAAAAUCACAUUUUAAAUGCUUCAAAAUCACUCAAAGUGAUUUGAAAAUGACUCCAAAUGUUUUUUAAGAAACUUUUUUUAUAUUAAACAUAUUAACAUUAUUAAUGAAACAUGGAUGCCUUGAUGAUUUUAAUUUUGUUUUAUUUCUUACAUCAAACAUUUUAAAUCUGCUUGGCUACAGUGAUUUGUUUUAUGAUAAAUAUAAUUUCUCUGAAAACAUGAAUAAGAGAGUUAAUAUCUCUUUAUUUCCCUGAGAUUAUUUUAAGGGUUUAAUGUCAUCAUAACACUUUAAAAUAUGCAGAUUAGUUUUGACUGAAUAUGAAGGUAAAUACAUUGUUGUAUUGUAUUUAUAAACGCAAUGUGCCCAGUUUACCACCAUAAUCUUUUCAGUUGAUCUCUGAAGUUUUUGGCAUCUUUGUUUACCUUCAGAAUAAUUUAUUUAAGUCAUAUUAAGCAUGUUUUUUUAAAUGCAGAUCUUACGGUUUACAAUCAUUUGUCUCAAAGUCUCAUUGUCAUGACGUAUAAAAUAUUGCUAUAGGUUUACAAUGGAUGAUUGUAUUAAGUUUGAUGAAUUAUUGUGCAGUAUUUGAGAUGUUAAAGAGUUAAACAUUAUCUGUGGUGUUAAAGAGAUCACAGAAGGGCUUUAUGUGGCCAAUGCCAAACUUUUUUUUAUCAAUUAAA